UUCAAUGGAUUGUAGUUUUCCUGCCCUCAAACUGGUUCAAGGGGACUCCGCCAACAACUUCACCGCCCCACAGCAACCUCCCUCUCCUCCUCACCGAGAUCAUCCUCUUCCUUUGAAUGAAAACUCUCCCAUGAUGACCUUCUAUGACAUAGGUUCAUGUCCUGUUCCACCAUCUACCUCUUGUCUCAAACUUAGAAAUAAUAUAGACAGCUUACUGCCCAAGCUUGUCGGUUUUGCCGGUGUGUUGGACAUGACUGCUUAUCACAAGCCUGAUUUUUUUGAAAAGAAGAUCAAUCAGCGGAGAGAUCUGGUAAAAGGACGCAUCACAGUCGUUUCCACUGAGCCUCCUUUAGAAGGAAAACAGAAAAGGCCGGAUCAGCUUAUCAAGCAGUUGAUGCAUAAGUUUGUUCUCGAGAACCCGGAAAUCCCUGUUCUUCUCAUAUCCAAUGAUGUCCGCUUUGCCUCUUGCCUUCGAGAGUUGACUGCAUCGAAGUAUACCGUAAUCCUCGCUCACGACAAGAACGCCGAGAAAGAAUUGACUGGAGCGGUUGAGAAAACAAUAGACUGGGAACUUCUGGCCAAGGGUGAACAAGGUAAGCCGUAUCAGAACUAUCUGAUUGAGGAGGAUGAAAAGUAUUUUCAGGCCACGGGUAAACGAGGUCCCCUGUAUAAGGCAAGGGAACAAGAGAAGAUGGCAAAGGAAGAAAUACAUAAGAAAAAGCUGAUUGAUAUGGACAAAAAGUAUUUUGAUGCCACGGGUAAACAAGGUACCCGGUAUAAGGAGUGGGAAGAAAAGAAGAGGAAGAGGGAAGAACGUGAGAGUCCGAAUAAGAAGCGGAAGAAAGGUAAAAAAGGUAAAAAACAUGUAGAGGAAGAAGAUGAAGGAUUUGGAGGAGAGAGUAAUGAUUGAAGAAUUUGAUGAUUGAAUCUUAGUAGUAGUAUCCUAGUAGGACUAGUAUGUUAUAUUUCCGUCACUGAGUUUGUUUUUGUUUUUGAAGGACUAGAGACUCCACUGAAUACACGAUCAUAAAAUAUUUUUGUUUUACAUGCAAUGAACCAAACGUAACAGU